AUGAGCAACAACAGCAACAACAGAAACAACAAGGGGAGCCUCUUGAACAAAUUCAAGCAAGGAAUAAAGCAAUUCGGGGAGCUCUUCAAAGACAAUGACUCCAGGGAACGGGGCGACACGACUCCAUGCCCCGGUGCCAACGGAACAAGCAUUGGUUCCUUUCAGCAGUUUAACCUGCUGUGUGGCCGCAACCUAGGCGGGGAUAUCAUCGAUGAAAGCCAGCAGGCCAACUUCCUGGCCUGCAUCGACCGUUGCGCCACCUUCCACCCCCGAUGCGAUUCCGUGUCUUUUGAUGGGCAAGACUGCCGCCUCAAGACCGGUAGCGGGACUGCGGGGUCGCGCAGUUCCAAGAGGUUCGACUCGGCCUUGGGCAUCUUUGGCACGAUUCCGAGCGACUCCGGAUGUAACGCUCUUGGGGCGUCGACGACGCUGGGGUCGACCAAGUUUGACAUUUCAUGCGGCUUCGUGAUCAACGGUAAUGAUCUGUUCCAGGAGCACAGGACCAACUUUAACGACUGCCUGACCCUUUGCUCGCAGACACCAUCCUGCGCUGCCAUCUCUUUCGACGUGGACAUGGAUCAAGGCUUUCAAAACUGUUAUCUCAAGCGAGGAAACACGGGUGAGGGCCUUGUUCGCAUGGCCGGCAUGGAUAGCGCCGUCGUAAAUAACAAUGCGCCCGCCCCGUCUCUGACAACUACGUCUUCGACUUCGACUUCGACUUCAUCCUCUACUUCAACGAUUUUCUCCACUUUGACGUCCUCCACGUCUUCGACGUCCUCAUCGUCUUCCACGUCCUCCUCGUCUUCGGCUCCUGAUGUAACAUCCGUUGCACAAUCCAGUGCUGCGACCACGCUCAUACCUCCAGUGCCUGGCACCACCUCAUCGACUGCUGCUGUUAGUCUUUCCACAACUUCGGCUGUCACCGCGAUCACCAGCACGGUCGUCACGAGCCUAAUAACUCAGACAUCCGUGUCGGAGGGAAGGACUACUCUCUUGACGUCUUUGUUGACCACUACGCGAGCCCUGACGCCCCCGCCUGCCAGCGCAACGCCUUCCAUGUAUGAAAACAAAGUGGUAGACGGCAUUUCAUCACCGGCCCAACAGUCCAACAGCGCGACCCCAGCAGUGAUCGCGGGCUCAGUAGUGGGCUCAAUCGCUGCGGUAGUCCUCAUAUUAAUCGCAGUGCUGUUCGUGCUGCGGCGCAAAAGGCGCAACCAGGAGGCCGUUGACGACAGCGAAGCCGCUGAAACUUCGGCCGGCUCAUCCGCGGGUAUUUCUGCCUGGUUUCGGGGCCGGCUGCCGCAGCGGAGCUACAACGACAAAGAUCAGGUCGAUGAGAACGCCGCCGGCGGUGUCGCGGCAUUCUUUGGCAACCUGCGGCGACUUGCCGGGUUAGGCGGCGAUGACAGGGGCAGUAGGGCUCAUGACGAGAAGAUGCGUGCCACUGAACAGGGCAUUGGUAGGGAUCAGAGCAGUCAGAAAGAUCUGCGGCAUGAGGAAAAUGGUGAUGACGCCAGUUUGAGGCCUGAGGAUAAUGAUUAUGAGGCCAGUUUGAGGGAUGGCCACUAUGGUGAUGUUGGGCCGAUGCCGCCAAUGCCGACUUACGAGGGACGACGGAGCAGGUUUUUUGAGCUUCGGGAUAGCAUGAAUGGCCUGGCGCAGCAUAAGCCUGAUUUUGUGAGGACAUAA